UGACAUUUUUUGCCAAAAGUCCAGGGAGCAUGGACCUCAGUCUUCUGUGGGUGCUUCUGUCACUGGUCACUGUGGCCUGGGGCCAGUAUGGUGACUAUGGGUACCCGUACCAGCAAUACCACGACUACGGUGAUGAUGGGUGGGUGAAUCUGAACCGGCAAGGCUUCAGCUACCAGUGUCCCCAUGGGCAGGUGGUGGUGGCCGUGAGGAGCAUCUUCAGCAAGAAGGAAGGUUCUGACAGACAGUGGAACUACGCCUGCAUGCCCACGCCCCAGAGCCUCGGGGAACCCACGGAGUGCUGGUGGGAGGAGAUCAACAGGGCUGGCAUGGAAUGGUACCAGACAUGCUCCAACAAUGGGCUGGUGGCAGGGUUCCAGAGCCGCUACUUCGAGUCAGUGCUGGACCGGGAGUGGCAGUUUUACUGCUGUCGCUACAGCAAGAGGUGUCCGUAUUCCUGCUGGCUGACAACAGAUUAUCCAGGCCACUAUGGUGAGGAAAUGGACAUGGUUUCCUAUAAUUAUGAUUACUAUAUGCGAGGGGCAACAACCACUUUCUCUGCAGUGGAAAGGGAUCGCCAGUGGAAGUUCAUAAUGUGCCGGAUGACUGAUUACGACUGUGAAUUUGCAAAUGUUUAGAUUUGCUCCAUUCCAAGUCUGGGCAAGGGAAAGGGUCCAGAGACCUGAGGGUGUCUACGUGUGCUCAUGUCGGUGGGAACUCUUGCAGCUGUUUCUGCUGUUUUCUUUCUUUCUCCCUAGGCUGGUGGUUGUGAUGCCAGCUUCCUGGGCCUUUCUGACUAGUAUUACACUUAAGAUAAAGUUCACAAGUAAACCACGUUUCUCACUUU